AUGAACCAAGCCGUACCGGUGCCUGAUGAUCUGAAUAGUGCAUCCGUGAGCCAGGAACUGCUUCAGCAAUUAGAUCCGUCCUCUGCCUCCCACGAGGGCCUGCAACUCGUUCUCGAAGCCGUCUCGAGACCAUCAUCAUCAACAUCAUCAUCACGACCCCAGCGGCAGCCAUCCCCUGAAGUGAAGAAGUGGUCUGCGGCAUGCAUCGAUGCGUACUUUGGCCGCUUCCACGAACGCUGGCCGGUGCUGCAUGCUCCCACCUUUGAGAAGGAGGUUGUAUCCGCCAGACUGCGGAGUACCGUCCUCUUGAUAGGAUCCUGGCUGCGGCACGAGAAUGAGGGCAACAAUCAUCUCAUCUUCGACAUUCAUAGUAUCCUGGUCAAACGCCUCCUCGACGAGUUGACGGAUAAUGUUUACGAUCCAGCCGGCGUCUGGCCAACCCGGACGCUGCAAAGCUCCCUUCUGAACAUCAUUUUCGCCUUUGAAAGCGGAGCCCGUCUUCUAUUCAGCCUCCUCGUCACCGUCUUCCGACACCUCGGGAUCUUCACCACCGAAGCCAUCGACCAUCAAAUAGGGAUCCAUUUCAGCGGCGAUUUCCCCCCUUGGAAAUUCUCCAUGAAAGAGAAAUGGAAAAGACUCUGCACAAGCAUGUUCAAGCUCGAUUCAUACAUUUCCCUCCUCACCAAACAACCCCCCCUUUUACAGCGCGAGGAAUUGAGCCUCAGCUUGACAUCCACAUUUGGCCAAUGGAACGCCCACGGCCUGGACGUCUUCUUCCGGAGAUGGCCCUCCGAACCCCUCGAGCGCACACAGUAUCGGAUAUGCGAUCUGGCGCUGGGCUCGCAACAGCCAAUCCCGCCAGUCAUCCUCAUCGAGGACCUCCAGAUGCGCAUGAUGGGCGUGACAAACUACGUCUGGAUCCUCAACAAGAUGCGAGGCAGCCACAAUCCGGUGCUCUGCAUCUCUGCGGACCAAAAUGAGCUGAUAUCGGCUCGUUUGAAGCGCUGCAAGCUGCAGCUCGACAGCAUGACGUCCCUAUGGAAGGAACCGGAGCAGCACAAGAUGCACAUUGAGUUCCUCCUGAGGGCAUACUCAGCCAAGGAGGAGCCCUUCCACCAAGGCUGGGAAGUGGCCGCCCGAAACCGCUUCUCCUCCUUCGUCUUCAGCACCACCAUGUUGUACCACCUGCUCAACAUGCACAUAUACGCCGACGUCCACAGCUACAUGCAGAACCUUCCCGUCCUCUCCCCUGCGGGCACCUCCACCGCCAACCUCUCCUCAUUGACAGCAGCCGUCAACAACGCCCAGGUCCAAGAAUGGGCCUCCUCGCCAGACGCCCGCGUCGCCAUCUCCCACGCGCUCUUCGCCUACCGCGUCUACGGCUCGACCACUUCCUCCCCAUCGGACCUCAAAGCCGAAGUCAUCGACCCCAUAGCGCACAUGACUAUCGCUGCCGGCGCCGCCAUCCUCUGGACGUGGAUUCAGAAUUCAACGUCCGCGUGCACGUGCAUGAGCACCAUGCCGCUCCCGGGCGAGCUCGACUUCGGGUUCGUGCCGCUGGGGGCGGGACAGAGCCCCGAGGUGGACCAUUGGAUCUUGACGGGCGGCAACGUCUGGCUGCACGGGGUGCAUCUGUGCAAGUGCAACGUGGACGUGUGGCUGUCGCCUUUUGCGGCGAUUCUCUCCCACGGGGCCAAGAUGUGGGAGGCUGGGAACGUGUUUGCGGAGAAGCUGUGGUCACAGCUGGGGCUACAGAGGUCGGUUUGAUCCUUGGUGUCAGUGUUUCUUUUUGGGCGUUCAGGAAGCGUAACUCGGGAGGCGUGAGAUAACCCCCCCUUGCCAAAUCUAUGCGUCUAUUAUGUUUCUUUGU